AUGGGGAACUCCCCAGACAGCAAGCCGAUAAAGGGGCUAGAGUUCAGCAACUGCCGCUACUUUGGAGAACUGAAUAGCCAAAGCAUACCACACGGCAAGGGACUCAUUCUAUAUAAGUGGGGUGCAGCAUUUUAUGGCUUCUUCACAAACGGAAAGAAAAAUGGCAUAGGAAUAUACAUAGAUAAAAAAUUAACAAAAUAUAUUUGCAACUGGGUCCAUGAUAGGAUUGAGGGAGAGUUGAAAGUCAAGCCCUUCCAUACAGACAAGGCGUUUUCCUUUUUUUAUUCUAAUGGGUUUAUUGAGUCAUGCACAGUGUAUCGGCGUGGCCCGAAACCCCAGCGUAGUUUGCGUGGAGAUCCAAAAAGGACAACUCCAGAGGAGGGAGAAACCCACAGUGUGGACACAAACAAUAGAAUUGAUCGUUCAGAUAUGUGUACUGUGGAGGGUGAUGAUAAAGGAUGUGGCUCUAUGUUACCAGUGAGCAGACCUGGUUGCGUUUUGCCACUUGGGACAAUUCAACAGGGCAGAAUUGCAAGUCGGCAAAAUGGACAUCGUGCAGAUUCCGCCAUAGGAAGCCCACUGAUGGACCAACUCCAAGUCACCAUAGAAGACUCGCACGACGAAGCCAACAGUGCAGUGGAUGGCCUGAAGAAAAAAAAAAUUAACAAACAGUUAAAGAAAAAGAACAUCUUGAAGAACAUAUUUUUCACGUCUUCCGACUCAUGUAGUCAUUUUAUCCGCCCCCAUUUCGUAAAAUUGGGGAAAAAAAAAAAAUGCUACAGAGACACAUAUGAGCAGUGUGAAAACACCACUCGAAAGGACCUAAAGAUUAUCACCCAUACAUCAAUAAGAAAGGAGGAAAGGAAAACAAAACAUAUGAUUAAACAAUUAACCAAACAGAAUAGCAGUAGUCUUAAGAUAGAAAAAUAUGAAUCAUGGUCCAGGAAGGAAGUUGCUCAAUGGCUCUCCCUGUGUAAUGCCCCCAUCAAAUGGAUCACUGCUUUUUACAGAAGUAAUGUUACAGGCCGUAUGCUAGAUAAGAUUAACAUAGAAGUUAUUAGAAAUCAGAUGGGGAUACUCCCAUACGGACAUGCGAUCAAACUGCUUCAGUUAAUUAAAAAUUUGCGUGUCAUGGCUUACAAUAAGAGUCUUAGUGGAAGCGACAACCUUAGCGGAAGUAAACCAAAAGGGAAGAAGGUGCACAUGUUUCACCUUCCGUCAAAUUCGAGCCAACAGUGCGAACAUAAGCUCACCCUCGGGGAACCCCCCACCAGUAAUGUCCCCCCUGGAGAACAGGAGGCAGUCGUGUUCACCAAAAAAAUGCUGCACAGUGAAGAUGCAGUAUACGAUGAGGAGGACCCCAACUCGUGCACGUCCACCACGUCUUUCAAUUCGACGUGCACUUUGAAGGAGGAGGGCUACGGGAAGAGGGAGGAACUGGGAGAAGUGAAUGCAGAGCAGGAGCAUCAUCAGCAGCAGCAUAAGAAGCAGCAAUAUGUGGGCGAGAUGAGAACCCCCAAAGAAAAGGAGGAACCCCCAAGACCAGACGUCCCGCAGAAGGAUACCAAUAAGCAAAGGCGAAAAGAUAAAAAAAAACAGAAAGAACAAUUCAUUCGUAGCUUCCAUAAAAACUUUUCCCUAAUAAAUGAUUUUGGCCAUACAUUCAAUGGGGGUAGCUCCAAGGCCUAUUCGCCGGAAGGGGGAAACCGUGCCGUAUCCGGUGACCAAAAGGAGGACGCGUAUGCUUCCUGCUCCUUAUCAUCCUUUUCUAUUACGAGUACUUCUUCCCAAUCGACUCGCUCCAACCUUUCGUCUGAAGAAUCUGGCGAGUCCAACGCAUCUAGAGUGUCCACUUGUGAAGAGGAGACCAAAGGGGGAGAACACUCGAUGCGCACGUCGUCAGCAGAGUUAGAAUUUUUUGUUGCCUCCACCUCUUCCUCUUCUUCUGGGUCAUCUUCCCUGGACACUUCCCCCCAUACUUCCACCUCCUCCGUGUCCUCCUCUUCGUACUGCUCGAACAGAACCGAAGACGCCCCCUUUUACGGUUGCAGCCAAAUAAUUAAGUACCCCAGCAGCAUCUACCUGAACAGCAACUUGGCCUUCUCCUACCUCUACAGCUUUAUAAUACCACACGAGGACUUAACGUUCCUGCGUCUGAUUCGGAACCAUUAUGAUAUUGGAACAGGUAGAUGCGACAACGCGGGGAAGAACCUCGAGCAGAACCUGCUCACAAUGAGUAGCAAGCAGAACAAAUUUAAAAGCAUGAAGAAAGGGUAUUUAAAAAACGGUACAAAUAUGGGUAGUAGAACUUUUAGAGGAAAGUACUUAGGCAAAGACGUAGCUAUUAAAGUGCUAGUAGGGAGAGUAAAAGAUUUUUCUGAAAUUCACAAAAUUUUUUACAAACUACACCUAUUGAGACAUGGAAACAUCGCCUUAAUGAUGGGAGUGUCUAUUCGAUACCCAUUCGUUUUUAUCAUUUAUGAGUUUUUAAAAAACGCCUGUUUGUUUUCCUAUCUUCAUUGUGCUGGUGGUUAUGUGAAGGACGUAUCGGUGAGGCAUCACGGGGGUGUUGUGAGGGCACCACUUGGACGUACAAGCAGCAUGAGCACUGCAGAGGGCAUAUCGGCUAACAACUCCACGAACGACAAUUCCACUUGCGAUAACUCUCCAGGGAACACCUCCACGAGUGAAAAUUCUACGCUCGAAUAUAACAGUGGAAGAAUGAUCGUCGACAUGAGAAACAAAUAUUAUAACUCAUUCAAAUCGGAAAAUGACUUGUUCUGUGGUGUCUACGCAGAGGAAGAAGAGAAGCAUGGUGAUCCUACUUCCGGAGAAAGCACCCAAAUGUCUGCACACAAUGUUAACGCAUCAGUGAAGA